CACAAGAACCAGCAAGGCAUGAAGACAAAGCCCCCUCUCUAAAUUUGUUAAAUGCGAAUUUGGUGUUUAUAUGCUUUGCCCUGAGAUGGACGACCCAGAGUGAAAGUUAAGCGACUAAGAAGGUGGACGGACAUAUCUCAUUACAAUCCCUUUAUGAGGCCGGGAGCAGGAAGUGCGCUGUCUUUCCUGUCGCCGGCGUCUAAAAGACAGCGCUUUUCAACGCUUCUCGACACUCUCCGCUUUCAGAGAGAGGGGGACAGGAGACAGAGCGACAAUGCGUGGCGUGAUUAGGAUGCAAGGGUUGUUGGCUCCCCUCUCGACUCAAGGCUAUGCGUUUCUCUCUACCCGGGGAUCAAUAUGAGAUUGUGAAAAACAAGACCUUGUUGUUUUGAAGAACUUUUGUCUCUCGUCCAGGCUUGUGGGGACCGUAGGCUUUAGCCUACUUCUUCUUUUUUUCCAGAGAUGUCCACUACCAGCAGACCCACCGUCGGGACUCCCCAGUUAACGACAGACGAGCUGACCGUCAUAGUGGCCUCAUUGUCCUGUCUGGUCUUCUUCCUGGUGAUCAUGGUGCUCCUGUGUAUGCUGUACCGCAGGGACCCCCUCUGCUGUAAGGUCCGAGAGUACCAGGGAUCACACACAGACCUGUCUACACCUCCCCAGUAUUACAGCAGCACACAAACACUGGUCGGCCCACGAUGCUCUCAAGAAUCCCUGAGCCAUGAGAAUACCUACAGACAGUCAGAUUCGCUGUUCCUGAUUGGCCUGCCCUCCAGCUACGGCCUGCCCUCUUUGGCUGUCCCUCGCCUGCCGUCCUAUGAGAGCGUCCGAAAGAAGGACCGGCAGCGUCAGAUCCACAUGAUGAUCGCCGACCGCUUCGGCCUCAACGGGCCCUACAUCCCUGAGGUGAUUGAUCAAUCCGUCAGCCAAUCAAUACGUCACAUGAUGAUCGCCGACCGCUCCGGCCUCAACGGACCCUACAUCCCUGAGCCUCCACCGUCCUAUGAAGAGAGCAUCCACCAGGCCGUGGAGAUCCCUUGUGCCGUGAUUGGUCCUUUACAUGGCUCCAGUGAUGUGAUUGGUUCCUCAGAGGUCUGCUGUAGCGUGAUUGGUCCUUCGGAGGCCCCCGGUGAUGUGAUUGGUCCUUCAGAGGCCCCCGGUGAUGUGAUUGGUCCUUCAGAGGUGUCCUGUGAUGUAAAUGGUCUGUCCAUUCCUCCCUGUGAUGUCACUGGUCCUGUGGAAGCUCCCCGUGACAGGAUUGACCAAUUGAACGCUCCCCUGCACGUGAUUGGUCCAUUGAACGCUCCGCCUGACAGGAUUGGUCCAUUGAACGCUCCCCUGCACGUGAUUGGUCCAUUGAACGCUCCCCUGCACGUGAUUGGUCCAGCAGGGGCCUCUUCACCAGCCACCAGCCCUCCCUAAAAUACACACGGACACAGACAUUUACCCUGUGUGAACAUACACACACACACACACACACACACACACACAGACACA